CACCCGAAGCGAAACUCAACAUCAAGUUUGACGCCGUACGAACACAUACCAAGAUUUCACAGGAAUCACGUUAUUUUCCGUCUAAAUCGCUGUCAAAAGUUAUUAAAAGAGCCUCAAGAUCAUGUUAGAUUAUUUCAGAAAACUGCGAGACUUCCGGAAGUGAUUCCUCAGCUGUCCCACAUGGCCCACAGCAGCGAUCAGUACACAUCUCUGAACUCUCCAGAGGAGAACGACGAAACCAGGAGCCAAGAGUUUGAGUCAGACGUCCCUCUCAACCAUUCCACAACCGUACCACAACCUCCACACAACGUUCACCAGCGCACCAAUGCUAUCCCCUCUCAUCAGCAUCCGUCUGCAUCAUUCAUCCAUCAGACGCCGUUCCCCAGCUGGGCCGAUCUGAAGGCUUCUCCUCAAAGUCUGCCGUCGGCGCUCUACCACACGCUCUCAGACAGCGGCUCAUUUUUUCCCAGCAGGCCUCACUCUCUGCCCGGCAGCUGCAGCCCGAGUCUCGUGAGUCUGGAACAUCCCAGAUCUCUGCACUCGUUCCUGCAUUCAGGCCACUUUUACCAUCAUCCGCCGCCGCCGCUGUCGUAUCCUGACACGUACAUGCGUCCGCCGUGCUGCGCUCAGUGCCGUCCAGUGCCUCAACAACAAAUCUACAGACCCUCAGGCCUGACUCAGUACAGACAAGUGGACACACACUUUUCUGAAAAUGCUCAUGCAUCUCUAAACUCCAGACCGGUGGCCAACCAGAGCAUCACACACCUGCCACAGGAUCAGAGGAAAGUGUUUGUGACAUACGAGGCGGACAGUGAAGAGCAUCUGAAGGAAAUCAUCAAGUUUGUCUCUCUGCUGAGGAACAACGGCUUCGACACACACAUCGAUGUUUUCGAGCAGCAGCUCAACAGCAUCAGUAAAAUCGACUGUAUGGAGCGAUAUCUCAAUGAGAAAGAUUACCUGAUCAUCAUCAUCAUCAGUCUGAGAUAUUAUGAGACGAUCUGCAGUGGAAACAUCAGCGUGGAGAGCGACGAGAGGACCAGCAACACUGUGUACAUCCACAAGCAGCUGCAGAACGAGUUCAUUCAGAACGGCUGCAGGAACUACAGGUUCAUUCCUAUCCUGUUCCCGGGGGCCAAAAAGUGUUACGUCCCAGCGUGGCUCCAGAACACACACGUUUACAGCUGGCCGGCGGACCGGGACGAUAUUCUGCGCAGGUUAAUGAGAGUGGAGAAAUACAGGCCUCCACCAGUGGGAUCCCUGCCUGCUAUCUUCUCCAUCCCACUGUAGAGGAAAACACACACACACACACGCCAUACACACAUGCUUUUAUUAUUUGGCAUUGUAUUCAGGUCGAGAGCAGGGUUUAAUAGAUUUUCUUUUUAUAAUUAAAGUAAUAUUAAAGUAAUAGUUAAUGAAAAUAAUGAAAACGUCCUGUUAAUUUACUCACCUUCGGGUCAUCCAAGAUGUUACUGACUUUUUGGUCCCACUUUAUACCUUUACUAAUAAGUUCUUACAUCAAAAUAUAAAUACAAUGUACUUAAAUAAUGUAUUGCAGAACACUUGUGGGGGUCUUGAGGUGGGAUACGGGUCAGUUUCGGUGGUAUGGGUAGGUUCAGAUUAAAUACAUAUUAUUUAAGGCCACCUAAUAUAAAGUGGGACCUCCUUUUAUUCUUCAGUAGAGUAUUAAAGAAGAGUUUGAGCUCAAUCUGUGGUUCUUGGUCAUUCAUAUAAUGGCAGUGAAGGGUGCAAAAUAUGAAUUACUUUACAUUAUUAGUGCAUUUAUAUAUUAUUUACAAGGGUGUGAAGCACAUGUUUUAAUAUCCCUUAGCUGGACUUGAAAUAAUAAUAAAAAUAUAACAAAAAAUAAAUAUGCAUUUGAACACCCCUAUUACGGAUCAUACCACUGUAAAUGCAUGACUGCACACAGUGUUUUAACCAAAUAAUAAUAGUUGAUCUGGCAUGAUUGAGUUUGUGUCUGAUCACUGUGAAUGUGUCAGUAUAAAGAAACAGUAGCAGAUUAUCCUCUCAAUAUUGUUUUAUAGUAGUUUUGCAUUGAAUACAUAAAUAUGCACAUUUAGUCAGUGUUACAGUUCUCAAUUUUGUUGCUUUUUCCUAUUUUUGAAUCCUUUUCAUUGUAUUUUCUGAAUAUAUUUCAUGAGUUAAAGACUUAAAUCUAAUGAAGAAUGCAGUAAUAAUACAUCACUUUAUUAUUAUUAUUAUUUUUAAAACUACUUUGUAUAAAAAGUGAC